UACUGGCAGUGAAUUGCGGAACGCAACCUUUGUUUGAGAUACAUCCGAGAUACGAGAACUCGGUGCGACAACUAUAUCCAAGAAAUCUAACCGAGAUCUAGCAUGGACACAAGGCUUUAGCGUGUUCGUUUCUUCGAUGAGAACGAGCCAAGGUCUACGCAUUCGGUAAGGUCGUGACGCGAUCGGAGCGAUGCGUAGGUUCGUACGGUUGUUCUUGCUCGUCGUUUAUUCGCGUAGCUUUAGAGCAACGCGAGCAACGUGAUCGGUGGUUCGUCAACGUGAUGACGUCAGAUCUUGAAGCAUAGGCUGAGAACGCGUUUGAAGGCGACUAGGGCGUGAAAGCGUGCGUUCCUUCAUCUCGGCUGAAAGUAUGUGCAAAUAGCAGCGCGUGUAUUCGCUUGAUCUGCGAGAUAAUUAUGUUCGGUGCUGCUUUGACGUGAUCGACAGUGAAUAGUGUACCAUGUUUCGCUGCAUUCCGAUUUUUAAGGGAUGUAAUAGGCAGGUGGAAUACGUUGACAAGCGUCACUGCUCUCUGCCGUGCGUCCCCGACGAUAUUUUACGAUACUCUCGGAGUCUGGAGGAGCUUCUGCUGGACGCGAAUCAUAUCCGUGAUUUGCCAAAAAAUUUCUUUAGACUUCAGAGAUUACGAAAGCUUGGCCUCAGUGACAAUGAGAUAAAUCGUUUGCCACCAGACAUUCAGAACUUUGAGAAUCUUGUGGAAUUGGACGUAUCCAGGAAUGAUAUACCAGACAUUCCUGAGAACAUCAAAAACCUACGAGCGCUACAAGUGGCGGACUUCAGUAGCAAUCCUAUUCCAAGACUUCCAGCAGGAUUUGUACAAUUAAGAAACUUAACUGUGCUCGGACUUAAUGAUAUGUCCCUUACGAACUUGCCACCUGAUUUUGGAAGCUUGGAAGCACUGCAGUCAUUGGAAUUAAGAGAGAAUUUACUCAGAUCCUUGCCUGAAUCACUCUCUCAGCUCUUCAAACUCGAACGGCUGGAUCUCGGUGAUAAUGAAAUUGAGGAAUUGCCUGCACAUGUAGGAAAGUUACCAGCGCUGCAAGAGUUGUGGCUCGAUCACAAUCAAUUGCAACACUUGCCCCCUGAAAUAGGCGAACUCAAGACGCUGGCAUGCUUAGAUGUUUCUGAAAAUCGUUUGGAAGAUCUCCCCAAUGAAAUUGGCGGACUCGAGUCAUUGACAGAUUUGCAUUUAUCGCAGAAUGUUAUCGAAAAAUUACCUGAUGGACUCGGCGAACUCAAGAAAUUAACUAUUCUUAAAGUAGACCAAAAUAGACUUUCUACUUUAAACCCGAAUAUAGGAAGGUGCGAGAAUUUACAAGAGCUGAUUCUUACAGAGAAUUUUCUCUUAGAGUUACCGGUGUCUAUAGGCAAACUCCACAAUUUAAAUAAUUUGAAUGUUGAUAGAAAUAGUGUACAAUCUCUACCAAUAGAAAUUGGAAAUUUAAAGAAACUAGGUGUACUAUCUUUAAGAGACAAUAAAUUACAAUAUCUUCCAACCGAAGUGGGACAAUGCAGUGCACUUCACGUUUUAGAUGUAUCUGGAAAUAGGUUACAGUAUUUACCAUAUUCUUUAAUCAACUUGAGUUUAAAGGCAGUAUGGUUAAGUGAAAACCAGGCGCAACCGAUGCUAACGUUCCAAACGGACGUAGAUGAGGAAACAGGGCAAGAAGUACUAACCUGUUUUCUCCUGCCACAAUUAGAAUUCCAUCCUGAUGAUUCAGGUAGAGUGGGAAUAUUGACUGGUAUGAGAAAUGUUCAUGGUGAAACACGUGAGUUGAGCGAUGACGAAGGUUGGCAAGAAAGAGAAGCAUCAAGGACGCAUUCAGUGAAAUUUACUGAUGAACCACCAGAAGCCGAUAAAGAGACACCAUUCGUACGUCAGAAUACGCCACAUCCAAAAGAACUGAAAGCUAAGGCACAUAAAUUAUUCAGCAAAGGAAGAAGUGAAAGUCGAUCGGCAUCCACAGAUGAACAGGAUGUUUCUCAAACAUUUGGAUUAGAUAAAACCGAAUCAGAGACACCGAUUAAUUCUGCAGACAUGCCACAGGCUGCUUCUGAGCAAGAACAGCUUGUGGAAUGUAGUACUAUACAAAAUGACCAUAAUGUAGCCAUAUCUGAAUCAGAUAACAUGGGUGCUCAGUUUAAUAAAGAAACAGAGAAUUCUGUUCAGUGUGUAGAAUUUAACGCAAAUGUGGAAACUGAAAAUUCUGUCUCAGAAUCAAAGGAAGAGGAUGAAGAGGAAUAUGAAAGCGAAGAUGUGCAGAAACAUGUUGAGUUCAAUAUUAUAGAAGACCCAAAUUAUGAAGAUGGUUCUGAUUCUAAUAAGCCCAAUAAAUUACAACGUAGAGACACUCCGCAUCAUUUAAAAAAUAAGCGCAUUCAACCAAUUGACAAAGAGAAAGUUGCAGCCAUUAUCGCACAGGCAUUGAAAAGGGUUGACGCUGAAUCUUCUGCACCUGCAUCUACAAAAAUAGAAUCUCCUGAAACAUUUGAUUCACAUAGUCAAGAUGCAACAUCUGACAUUGAACCAACAUUGGAGAUACGUGAAGAACAAUAUGAAAUUCAUAUAGAAAGAACAACAGGUGGUUUAGGCCUGUCAAUUGCCGGUGGUAAAGGAUCGACACCUUUUAAAGGUGAAGAUGAGGGAAUUUUUAUUUCAAAAGUUACUGAAGGUGGACCUGCAGAUCUGGCUGGUUUAAGGAUAGGAGAUAAAGUAAUAUCUGUAAAUGGAGUAUCGGUAGUAAAUGUAGAUCAUUACGAUGCCGUAGAAGUGCUAAAAGCGUGUGGACGUGUCCUUGUAUUAGUUAUUAUAAGGGAAAUCACAAGGAUAGUUCCACCAUAUGAGGAAACGACGAGAAAAGAUUCCGUAUGUUCUAGUUUGAGUACAAGUAGAGCACCAAGUGCAACAUCAUAUGUUUCGUCCACAGCAUUAUCGCAUACUUUGGAAAAUGGUGAUACGUCCACAUCCCAUGAUACUCCGAAGACUAGAAAGAUUCCUGAACCUAUAACAACUAUAAAAUCGAAUAGUGACCCUUUGGUGCCGGUUCUUGUUCAUACAACAUUAAUACGUGAUCAAAAUGGGCUCGGAUUUAGUAUUUCUGGUGGUGAAGGUACAUCUAAAAAUAAUAGCGAUGUAAUAACCAUUUCGAGAAUAACAGAUGGCGGAGUUGCCCAAAAAGAUGGCAAGCUGUUGGUUGGAGAUAAAGUGAUAUCUAUUAACGGAGUAGAGAUGAAAGGAGCGAAACAUGAGCAAGCGGUGGCUUUACUUACCGGCUUGGAAAGAUUUGUUCGAUUGGUAGUCGAACGAGAAAUACCACUUUCUCAAGCGAAUCCUUCUACUAUCGUAACUCCUUCCGAAAAAUCACCACGUGUUAUAGGUGCGCCCAAACCAUACACAGGACUGUAUAAUGCUAACAGUUACAUGGCGAACAGACCUGGAUACGGCGGAUAUCGUCGCUCCAUUGACGCUGAUAAAGCUCUAUCGCCCAGUCCUACGUCUAAGACACCACCACCACCACCGCCACUACCAGCGACCUUUCCUGUGAAAUCCGAUGUCAUCAAUGACGCGCUUAAGAUGAAUGGCAUAACUGAAUCGGGCAACGCGUUGAAGAAUGUUUCGCCAGUGUCCCCUAGUUCAACAAUUAAUCAAGCAUAUCCGCAACCUGCUCCGCGACAUAGUGUUUUGCAGCCGACGUUCGCAUCUACGAAUAAUGCCAGUUCUGCAGGAACAACUCCCAGCGUAAAGCCCUCGCAGAGACCAGCGUCUCCGCAGGAAGAUAUACAGGUACCGAAGCCAAUCACCAACGAGGAAUUUCAGGCUAUGAUCCCCGCUCAUUUCCUCCGACCACCAACAUCCUCGCCUUCACCAGACUCCCAUCAAGGCCCAAUUGUGACAGUGACGAUAAAACAGCCCGAUAAUUUGCCUGGAGAUGUUAGCUUUCCUCCAGCUCCUACCGCACUCGGUAAAGUUACUGAAAUCAUCACAAAGAGCACGCUCACCGAGACCGUCGUAACUCGAGUGACCGACAACCAGUUGAUACAACCGCUUAUUAUUGAGGAUGUUGUCCUUGUAAAAGAAGGCUCUUUGGGCUUCAGUAUCAUAGGAGGGACAGAUCAUUCGUGUACUCCGUUCGGUGCAAAGGAACCUGGAAUUUUUAUAUCUCAUGUUGUUCCUGGUGGCAUAGCGGCCAAGUCUGGUAAAUUAAGAAUGGGUGAUAGGAUACUGAAGGUAAAUGGGACUGAUGUGACAAAAGCUACUCAUCAAGAAGCAGUAAUGGAGCUUUUAAGACCAGGGGAUCAAAUUGUGCUUACUAUUCAACAUGAUCCACUUCCAGAGUGUUAUCAGCUGGUCGAAAUAGAGUACAUCCCUGUGACAGAAUUGGUAAUAAUAAGGGAAAUAGGCGAAAAACUUGGUAUGCAUAUUAAAGGAGGGCUAAGGGGACAAAAGGGUAAUCCACUCGAUCAUACCGACGAGGGCGUUUUUAUAUCGAAAAUUAAUUCCGGUGGUGCAGCUAAGAGAGACGGACGGUUAAAAGUUGGUAUGAGACUGCUAGAGGUCAAUGGCACAUCGUUACUAGGUGCAACUCAUCAAGAAGCUGUAAACAUCCUUCGGUGCUCGGGAAAUACGAUUACUUUGGUUGUAUGUAAAGGUUACGACAAAAGUGAGAUUGAACCGAUAUUAUCGUUAUCCGACAGUAGAGAUCUCAAAGAAACUAAAAUACCCCACGAGUUGAAGGAUUCGACUGCGGAUGGCACCAAAUCUCUGUCGCAAAGUGUAUCUAGUUUAGACCGAGACGACGAGACGACUGCGACAAUUAGGGAGCAAGAAGAAAUGAAUGCUGAACUUGAAUCUUGGGAGAAAGAAGAAGAACGCGCAUUAGUUGAACAAAGAGAAAAAUCCACGCCCGAGAAAGUAUUAGACGUCGUACGAGCAGCGGAAUCAUUAGUAAGCAAAUCAAAUAGUCCUGUUGAUAUGAUACCGCCAAAAUCACCCGGAGGUACCAAAGAUCUUAAAACCACUACCAUUGUCAUGAGUAAACAUACAUUAGCAGCUCAAAAUCCUAAUUCAAGAACAAAUCAGACAGCUGGAACGUCAAGAGACUUUUCUUCGUCAAAAUCAUCCACGCUGCCCACUCCUGCUAAGGCAGCGAGUUUCGAACGUUCCACUUCUAUGCAAACCUUACCUUCUCCGACGAAGAAAAAGUCUUUGUCGAAACGUAGUAUUACGUUUGCCGAUCUGCCGCCAACUUUAAAAGAGAGCUCGAACAAUGCUUAUCCGUCUCAUGUCGAAUCCGCAUCGCCUACAAACGAGCGACAAAUUCGACCGUUGCAGGAUACACUUACUUCUCCCCCUUCACAAAUUAUGUUCUGCGAAAAACCUGCACAUGCACGUUUCCGACUUCCCCCAACGCCUUUAACUGCUCCUGAAUGCAGUGGAAAUAUUGACACUAAGGCUUCCUUUAGCAAACGACAGAUAGCACGCUCUGUUGAUGGCAAGUUUCAGGUUGAGCAGUCUCCAACUUCAUCCCCGACACCACCACUGACAAAAAUGUCAGUCAGUGAUAAGAAGAGAUUAUUCGAAAGUGCUAUGGAAGAACACUUGAAACCGUCCCCUAAACCAGAUAAAAUAUUCAGUUUUUUAAGUCAAGAUGAGGUAGAGAAAAUGAAACAAGAGGAAGAAAAAAAGAUUGCAACUUUGACGCGAGACGAACUCAAAUCAUGGGCACAACUUGACGAAAAUGAAGGUCUCGAAGAUUUGGACCCAAUGGAUGACAAUGGCCGACCUAAUAGCCGACUGAGCUCGCGAACUUCGAUCCCUCUUAUCCAGAAUGUUCCCAGCAGUGUGAGGACGGCGAAAGCGGAACGUCGUUUAAAAGAACGAUUAAUACAAGAGGGCCUUAUCUCGGAUGAAGACGAAGAACACUUUUUGAGCCCAGCGGAGCAGCGAGCACUUAGAGCGGAAAAACGUGCCGCUUGGCGUCAAGCGCGUCUUAAGUCUCUCGAGCAGGAUGCACUCCAGGCACAGAUGGUGAUCAAAAAGAUGAGCGAAAUAAUGGACACUAAUAAGCAGGAAGAUACUCGUGAUUCGGCUGAAGCGAUCAAUACGGCGGCUGAUCCUGUUCACGAACAAGAGAAACCGAUUGAAUUUGCUACGUUACGGCCGUCUAGCGCGGAUUUUCCUAAGCUCGCUGUACGCAGUAAAGUGGGUCCCCCUAAAGAGAUACGCGAAUCCGAGAAAGUAGUGGACGAGAAGGUCACUCGGCGUACCGAGGAAUACCUAGACGAGGUGACGGGCGAACGUCGUGUACGAACCGUUGAAUACGUCGAAAAGCUCAUUGAGCGUCAGGUAGAGACUUUGAGAGAGAAAAUUAUAUCCUUGGAACUGAGCAAUGCAGAGGACGACAUGGAAAGUAUAACUGGCACCGGUGUGAGCGAUGCCGAAAGCGAAAGUGAAGAUAUCGCGGGGAAUAACGCGGCUAUGAGUGGUGUGGAAGACAAGACAGAUUCUCCUAAUACGGCUGAUGCAAGUGAAACGGCGUCUUCUAAGACAAAUGCAAAUAUCACGGUCGCAUCCACAAAAAGAAAGAAACGGAAGCGAUCGAAAAAAGGUCGUCAUUGACGGCAGAUGUGCAUUUUAAUGAGUAGGUGUAAAGCAUUGAUGUUAAAUAUACUUGGUAAAAAUCGGCGGAGCUUUUCUACUACUUCGAUAUUUAGCAAUCGCACGAAUUUAUCGUGUACUAUUUUACUUUUAGAUAUGCAUACAUAUAUACACAUAUAAGAAUAAAAUCAUGCAUUUAUAUAAAUUUAUAUACACACAUGUGUAUACUUGAGAAUGAGAGAAUUGAAUAUUUCGAAUAUAUCAGUGCAUGUUAUCGUGACAUAAAUGACUACGUGCACGUUUUCUUUCUUUCUUUUUUAUAUAAUAUAUACAAGCAGCAUUUCUGGGUAUGUAGACUCUACACAAACAUAUUAUAUAUUCAAUAUAAAAAUAAGAGAUAUUUGCAGUAAAAUAUCCUUUAUUUUUCGGAUACAUUUAACGUUUUAGAACUAUAUGUAACUACCAUUUGUAUUACACCCUGUAUACAUAUGUGUAUGUAUCAAACGCAACUCUAUGAAUUCGAUGUGUGUUAUAAGAAUUGGUACAAUUACGCAUUUUAAUGUUCAAUUUUUGAUGUUUAAUAUCGUGCUACUACAUUUUUUGUAUAUCAUUGUCAAUUACGUUUUUAGAUCGUGCCUCAUGCCAAUACACUUGGGACUUUGCUAACUUGAAAUUCACAGAUAUUUUAAAGAAUAAAACAAACUUAAAAGAAAGAUAAAUCAGAGAGUAGUAAAGAGAUAAUUAAUAUUCCAAUAAGAAAUGGCAUGAUAGAACUGAGGCGGAUCUUUGAGAGAACCGCUCAUUCUUGAUUCCAAUAUCCUUUAUUUUUGAACAAGUAAUGGCAAAUAUAUACAUGUCCGAAGACAUAUAUAUUUAUGUCAUAUUUUGCCGUAUUAUUUCCACAUAGUAGUUAGGUACCUACACGCGAUAGAAAUAUUAAUGAGGGAAAAGAUGUUAAAGUUAAUAUACCAACAAAGAAUCGUUAAAUAUGAUUACAUUCUUUUUUAUACGCAUGGUGAGGAUCAUGUACUUCCGUUUUUCUGUCUAAUUGAGAGUAUAUUUAUAAUAAUUUUGUUAAAAAAAUAUAUAUUUUUAAGAUAUGAUAAGAUUAUAAGAUUAUACAGUUACAACGUCACAUAACAUAAGGGUCUCAUAAUUAUGUUUUGUAUAUGCAUUGUAGCAUUUUAUAACGUCCAUUUUCUUGUACUACACUUAUUUAUAUCCAUUGUGAUGGAAAGAAGUAUUUUAAAACUGUUGUUUCUAUAAUUUGACAAUAUCUUAUACACUAUACUUUAACAAUAUCUUGUAAAUUAUGUUAUAAAUAAUUAUAACGGUGGAGAUGUUUAAAUUC